AAUAAUAACAAUAACAAUAAUAGUAAACAUUGCCAGAAAAUUUAAGAUAAAUACUUAGUUAGGGCGCUAAGGACUCCAGCUUUUAGGUUUUUUUUUCUCUAGAAAUCUAGAAACACAAGCUUGCUGAUGUUUUCACUUAGAUUUUUUAGAACAUUAGAGUUUGAUAUUAUUAUAAAUAAGCUUUUAGUAGAGAUGAUCACAUUAUGAUGGCCUCGUUUAGGUAUAUAAGAGAUAAUGAGAGUGUAAAAACUGAAUAGUUUUCUAAAUAGGCCUCUAUUAGGGAUAAUCAUAUCAUCAUGUCUUAGCGUAGGUUUUACAGAGUAUCAGAAUUUAAUAAUAUUCUAAAUUGGCUGUUUAAGUAGAGAGAUUCAUAUCAUUAUGUAUUUUAGGAUCGUAUUAGGUUUCGUAUCGACCUUUUUUUACUUCUAAGUAUAGCUUCUCAAGUGGUGUAGGUUACGCUAUGCGCCCUAUACUACUCAUAAUGUGGACAGCAUUCCAAAGAUUCAUACUGCGACAUAAUAAUAAUGAUGAUGAUGACUAUGAUCUUUGAGUUGAUAACGAUAAUGAUAAUGAUGAUGAUGAUUAUAAUGAAUAAUAUAAUGACACUUCGUUAUUUCGAGCAAAUUUUACCAGUCCCUGAGCCUUUAGCUAUGUCGAGGUUUCACUGUAAAAAUAAAAAUAAUAAUAAUAAUAAUAAUAAUAAUAAUAAUAGUAAUAAUGAUAAUUUUAUUCAACUUUAAAAAAUAUGUACAUAAUUUACAGAAAUAUUUGGAGUAAGAAUUAAGCACUAUAUAACAAGGAUAGUAUAAACAAUAAAAAUAGCAAACACUGUGUCAAUAACGAUUUCACAAAUACAUUUCUUGCGGCUGAGAUGCGGUCACUAACUCUUGCAGGCGGUCCAGAGUUUUAAAUUAAGUCAUUAUUACCAAUCCGUCUCUGAUAUUAAAAAGAAAACAAUAAUAAUAAUAAUAAUAAUGAUGAUGAUGAUGAUGAUGAUGAUGAUGAUGAUGAUGACGAUAACGAUAAUGACAAGGGCAAUGGCAGUAGUAGAAGUGGUGACAGUGAUCAUGAUUCAUAAGAAGAAGAAGAAAAUGAAAUAGACAAAAUUAUGUUUACUUAUCUUUCUUGACGAAGGGUUUUAAGCUGUAUUUUUGCGUAUGGAUUUUGGUACAGUAUACCCGUGGUAUACAAAGACUGGGAAGGAAAAACUGCCCACCUACCCCUCCCCUAACGCUACGUUUUGCCCCAAGUGAGACGCAAAUGAUAACGCGGAGUUAGGGGAGGGGUGGGUGGGCAGUUCCCCAGAAAGCUAAAUUGAUCCAAAAUCAAAUUAAGUUGGCAAAUUUACCCACCAACCUCGUUGAUAAAACGUAAUCUUUUGCAUGCAUUCUCCCUUAUCACUUCAAGACAUAAAAUUUCGAGACCAGUGCUUUUUCAAAGCAUCGAAUACACGUAAGAGUUAUUGUUUGUUCUGAUGUGACGAUGUAAAGGUAGGCAGGAAAUUCCAGUGGCAAAAUCCUGACCACAUUUCGUUUUGUCGUUGAAUAGAAGCCAUAACUGAAUCUCCGUCAACAUGUUUGGGCCACGAACAUGCUAUAAAAGGGACUGGUUUUUCUCCAAGGGUCUUUGACAGUUGUAAACUCUCAAAUUCAGAGUGGCAGAAUGGAUUAAUAAACUGAGUGAAGUGCAAUUUUGUAUGAAAUCAUACGCUUGCAGUUUUAAGAUCGAACGAGCACUUAGCGCGAGAUAGAUUUGAAAUCCUAGGAAUUUUAGUGUGAUUUCAGACCAAAUUACCCGACAAGAAGUUCAAUCACCACUUUAUUACAGUCAUUUUGAAAUCGCAGAAUCCAGUCAGUAGCAAUACUGUUAAAACAGUUCUAGAAGCCGCUUUGUCGAAAAGUGGAAACAAGAAAGGCUUUACAUCUCAUUUACAUUUCUUAUUUGAAACAGAAAAGACAAAAAAUGGUGCGAUCCAGAACAAAAUUGGUGCGAUUUAGAGCAGAAAUUAUGCUAUUUAGAACAUAAAUGAUGUGAUUUAGAGCAAAAUCAUUGGGAUUUGCGAAUAAAUCACAACUGCUGAGAGCCAAUCAGAUAGCAGAAAUCAUCAGUGAUUUCAUGGAUGGAUAUACAGUCGACUUCCGAUAAUUCGAACCUUCAAGGGAAAUAGAAAAAAGUUCGAGUUAUCAGAAGUUAGAGUCAUCGAGGGUAAAAUUAUAUGGGAAAUGAUCUGAAGGGAAAUGAAAAUUGCUUCGAGUUAACGGGAGGUUCGAGUUAUAGAGGGUUGAGUUACCGGGAGUCGAUUGUAAUAAACAUCAAACAUUUAUGUCAUCUCGGUUUGCUUUAAUUACAGAAGCUACCAUUAGCAAUCAACUCAGACAAACCUUCUUGGAAAACCUGCUUGGGACAUACGAGGAACUAGAGCAGUCUUUUAUGGAGAAUGUAUAUCAGCUACAGAAGGCCCUUGGCUUCAGUACACUUUGGGUGUUAGAUGACAUCAUGCGUUCAUUUCAGAGGAUCGCCUCUGAAAGUGCGUUUGGUACGGGCAGACUUAACGGGGUACUGGAACUCACAAAAGUACUUCAGCAGUUGUCUGAAAUAACGUUUAAGGCUGAAAAGUGUUUUUCAAGACUACGAUAUAGCAAAGGAGUGCAGAAGUGGAGUUUUGAUAACGAGACAGACACACAG